CCACAGCCAUUGCAGACUACCCCUUGCCGUCGACACGUUGUUCGCAACACCGCGACGGCCAUUCUUGCCAGCAUUCGUGCCGCCGAAGGCGGACCCAAAAGCUUGGCCAAGCAUUUCAGGCGCUAUUUGCACCUAAGAUUACGCAGGAAAAGGUUCCACAUGCCUGCCUUUCCUGUCCGCACCGAACCCAAAUACAGAAUGCCUCAACCCGGGGAAGGCGCCUUUCAGGCCUCUAAAAAUUAGGAAUACACCCUUAGCUCGUUAUAACCCCGUUCGUGCCAGCAAUGGGUGAAAUUAAGGGCUCCAGCAAGGAGCGACCUCCUGAUUUCUCCAGGGCAGCGAGGCAGGCCCUAAGAAAUUCAUGGCUAGAUAGGCCUUUGUGGGGAGGUUUCAAUAGUAUGUGCAGAGCGCGCAGGGGGCAAGGCGCCGCCGCCACACUCACUGCAGUCACUGAGCAAAAAUGGUGCGGCACAACAACGUUGUCCCGAACAACCACUUCAAGAAGAAGUGGCAGUUCUAUGUGAAGACUUGGUUCAACCAGCCUGCUCGCAAGGAGCGCCGCCGGGCUGCUCGCGCUAAGAAGGCCGAGGCUCAGUUCCCUCGCCCGGCCGCCGGCCUGCUGCGCCCCAUUGUUCGCGGCCAGACCCUGAAGUACAACACCAAGCAGCGCAUUGGCAAGGGCUUCACCCUGGACGAGCUGAAGGAGGCUGGGAUCCCUGUGCGCAUGGCGGCCAGCCUGGGCAUCGCCAUCGACCACCGCCGCCGCAACAAGUCGCUGGAGAGCCUGCAGGAGAACGCUCAGCGUCUGAAGGCUUACCGCAGCAACCUGGUCGUCUUCCCGCGCAACGUCAAGAAGCCGAAGGCUUUCGAGACCCCUCUGGCCGAGGCGAACGCGGUCGCCCAGGUCAAGGGCGCCGUGGUCCUGCCCCUGGUCAAGGCCGCGCCGGCGCUGGAGACCGUCAAGGUCACCAGCGAGAUGAAGGCCACCGCGGGCAAGGAGCUGGCCGAGAUCAAGGCCACCGCCUACGCCAAGCUGCGCCUGGAGCGCAUGAACGUACGGCAGGUGGGCCCCCGCGCCAAGAAGGCCAAGGAGGCUGCCAAGGAGGAGGCCUCGUAAGCGGCUCCCGCCAUCAGCAGCACCUGCGGCGUCUCCGGCUUCGGGUUUGGGUUGCUCGUCAGAGGGCCCGGGCCCGGGCCGGCUUGGCGUGGUGGUGGCGCUCCCCGGCGCGGCGGCAUCGGCGGCAGCAGCAGCGGCGUAGUCGCGGCGACUGCGGCAGUAGCAGCAACGGCGUUGGAGGAGGCGGCAGCAGCAGCGGCAGCGGCGGACGCUGGUGGCGCUCGGGCCUAAGCGCGGCGUGGCGCGUUGGACUGGCAGCGGCCGUGUCGUGAGUGGGUGCGGGGGCAGCAGUGGUCACCGCGGGCUGCGGGGGAAGAGGUCUUCUGCAGGCGCGCGGGGGAAGGGGAAGCCACCCCGCACAGCUCGGGCGGGGCGGGCGACAACCGCGCGGGCGUGGUUGGGCCACGCAAGUCACUACUGUGUUCAGUAACUGGGUGUGUCAUGCGGCAGCACGGCUAGAGACAGAUGCUAUUAUUCGGUGCGGGUUGAGUGUAUGCCGGCUUUCUGCGUGGAGCUGUGUGCUUUGCCUGCUGCCCCGUUUCUCAACAAACAGCCACGCACUACAGGCGAGUGGUGGUGGUUGCUUGGCGGGCGCAUGCGGCGUGGCCCCGGAUACAGUGGAAAUCUCAAUGGUCGUGGCUGUGGGUUUUGCGUGCGGCGGGCGGUCCGGUUGCCCUUGCUUGGGUUAUAGCGGUGUAGCCGGGCAGGGUCCGGAGUGUCAGUCGUAGCGUGUAACUGGUGAUGCACUCAGACUGGUGAUGGUGUCAUUGCGCCGAGCCUUUGGCGGUCGGGGGCGAUGGGGUGCAGCCGGGGGUUAUUAGGGGGUCGGGUGUGGGGCGGGGCGGACAGUGGCAGCUCGGCAGCAUCGCAGCGCUGGCGGCUUGGCGGCGACAGCAGCAGCAGCCGCUCUUUCUGGCGCUUGGCGAGCAACACAGCAGCGGCACGGCGCAGCAACAGCAGCAGGUGGGAAGACAGGCGGCAGCAGCUGUAGGCGCAGCAGCAGGCGCUGCCGCGCUUUCGGCAACGCCAGCAGACGUCCAGGCGUCUGCCUGCCUGCAGCCGCAAGUUUGGGACGUCCGCGGCGGCGCUGUGGCGGCUGGCGGCUUCGCCUGCUGGCGGCUGCUGCUAGCGCUUGGCUGUGCGGCGUCGGCCGGGCGGGCAGCUUGUGAGGGGGGUGGGGCGGCAGCCGCAGCAGGGGCAGCUGGGGGGGGGGGGGGUGAUAUCAACAGCAGCACGGGGUCUCGGGCAGCGGCCGCAUCAGGGCAGCAUGGCAUCCACAGCAGCCGGAUCAGUGCUUGAGCGGGCGGGGGCGGGGGGAAGGGGAAUGCAGGGGCGGGAGCGACGGCAGCAACAGCAGCAGCAAUGUGGGGUGCAUGUGUGUGACAGCGGGCGCGCAAGCGCAAGGGCCAGCGGGAGCACGGUCUGCAGGCCUCGGGGAGUAGACAGCUGACUGGCGGGCGGCGGGAUGCGGGCUUGGGUUGUGCAGCGGCUAAGGGACUCGGGCACGGAGGGGGGCUUGGGCGGGCACAGCCAAUCCGGGGUCAAACGAGCAAGCCAGCACCAGCCAAGGGAAAUAAUACUUCUGCUUACAAUCAAAGGUCCAUAGAUAGAACAGUUCGUGCCCACUCGUGCUAUGCCAAGCCCCGAAAUUGAAGAUAUACCUCGUUCCUUGACAAGGGCGGUCGUUCGCGAAUGACUUCAAGUGUUUAGCACAUAGAGAUACCACAGGGGCACGCAGCUGGCACUGAAUGCACACAAGGCUCACAAGUACGCCAGAACCACACCCAAGGCCUGCCUUCUCCUGAUUGCGACGCAAACUUUGUGAGUCCGGACAUAAUUACGCCCAAGCUUCAGCAACAAUGGACUUCUGGCGCGGCAGAUACAGGUGAUACGGGCGAAUUUGCGCAAACUCGCGCAUGCGCCUGGGCAUACGCCUGGGCUCGCGACAACGCCCUGUCGCCCUGCCGUCAACAGCGCCGCAGGCAGGGCCUCCUUAACGCUCAUGGCUCCAAGCGGUAUGCCGGCAGGGGCGCGAGGGGUCGGGUUUCGUGCUUUCUGCCGUGGCAUGCGACAGGUUUGGCCCCCAGCAGGGCAAUUUUUUGAUGGCUUGGCGUCUUCGCGGCCGGAGGCCGCGCGAUUUUGACAAAAUUAGGAGUUGAAACCUGUAAUUUCCUUAAGGAUUUCGACAUUCCCGACCCGAAAGGACCAUUCUUUGAUUCAGGCGACGGAUGCAAACUUUCCUAUCAUGCACUGAUGCCAGCAAAGAAUCUGGACGCUUUGAUUUGAAAGAGAAUGUCGCCGCACCUGGUCGCAGGUCAGCGACCGCCAGCAGUGCUAUGUAUCUCCCACGUCUCUCCUGUUACAGAAUCCUUGUUACAAUACAGCUCAAAUUUGAACAAUAAGUGCAACUCCACCAGUCUAGCAGCGAAUGCCAAGGACAUGGUGGAGACAGCCGCUCGAGCUGGAAAUCUCCUGAAAGCCUGCAUCUUGACAGUCCAUUUGGAUCAAAGAAUAGGAAACAAACAAAUAUGACGCACUGGCAUGAGCCACAUCUCCACCCGCGUCCCCUGGCCAACCCCUCCCUCUGGACCCCCUUCCACCACCGGUCACUCGU